GGUCAGCAACUCACAAUAGUGCACAACGCACGCACAAUAGCAGACGAGCAACAACAUAGGGCAGCAACGGUGGUGCAACGCCGUUGUUCGUGGAAGCAAGUGAAAGAAAAAUCUGCCAGUGCGACAAGUGCCGUUUUCAUCUGCUGGACUGCUGGCAAAGAAAGAAAAAGCAAUCGUCCCGAGUGUCGGUGCAUCAUCAUCAUCACCCUCGAAAAAAGAGAAAGCAUCGCACAGCAGCGGCAGUUGCGUCUGUCUAUCUCUGUGUGCGGCAGUGGAUAAUACACUCCGUGGCAAAUUCGGUGCAUUCCAUCUUGCCAAGCGUGCACCCCGUCACCGUGCCUCGCGCUGGUGACUGUGUACAAGUGUGUGUGUGUGUGCGUUUCAAAAAUCCAUUCGUCGCCGCGUCUCCUAAAAAUCAGCUGUGCUGCUGCUGCUGCUGCGGUGUUGAUCGCGUAUACGCGCGCCACCACACUUUGCGCAUAUCCAAUUCGCGAUCGCGUAUCCGCCGCCCCGUACACACCAUUCCCUUUUCUCAACUUCCCCUUGCGCGUAGUGUGUGUUGUGUCACUUACCUGUGCGCUGUCUUUGCGCAUGCCAGUGUGAGUGUGUUUGUGAGUGUGCGUGUUGUGUAAAGGAGCCACUGCUGGAUGUUAUUAUGGUUAGUCAUCGUCGAUCGGAUCGUCUCGCUGUACGGGCAAAGGUGUACCGCUAAAUAGAAGAGGGUGGGUUUGUGCGUACAGCUGAUGUUGCUGCACUGGGUAGUGCUCUGGUAGUGGUUGUGUGGGCUACUGGCCACCGUAUACGCAUGUGUGGCUGUGUGUGAGAUGCUCAACGGAAGGUAUCAACUUCCAAACGUGGCCGGCCGCUGUUGAUCGCGAAUUCGGAAAGAGAGGAGGGGCUCCGUGGUUUCGCGAUCGCGUACACUCACGACCUGCAAUAUACCAGCGCCACCUCCAUCAAAGAGAGGAAGCGGUAGAGCAACCCCUGUGCGUUCGUGUGUGUGCGUGUAUAGGACGGGGGGGUAUCCGUCUGAUGCACAAGAAGAAUCAGUGAAGCGGUUGUUAUCGUCAGCCGGGUGGAAGAAGGGGAAAAGGCCACGCGAGAAAGGAGCGGUGCGCGCAAGCUGUUGUUGUGUUCAGCCCGAACGCAAGUUUGGCCGCCGCGUGGCAGCGAACGAGUUUCACCCGUGAGCCUCGAGGUGACGCAGGCCAACACCAUAUAGCCACCCCCGGAGUGUGUGUGGUACAAGCGAAGCAGGAAGCUGAUUGUCAGACAGCAACAACUCAAAAGACUUCGACUGCGAAGAAGGAAGCGCUCCACCCAUUUAUCUGACGUCAACCGAUACGAGUAAGCUUCACGAAGACGCUACCCCAAAGUGUACUUGUCAUCUCUACUCAAACAAAUAGCACCGAAACACCACCAUUGGAGCCCACCAGCGGGAGAGAUUGAAACCCCAUACGAUCGACAAGGCACACGUCGUCACCAUCAUAACCCGAAAAACACAAUCGUGUCAAACACAUCGUCAUCUGAAACGCCCAACCACCACAUCCCAACGAUCACCACCAUCAACCGCAACGACACCCAACGAACGACCGGCGCCCAGAUAAUAUUCGACACACCAAGCAGAGGCCGAAAAUAGUGUGUGUACACCUUUGAUGCCAAAUUUCGUAAAAACGAACGCUAAGCGGAAAGCAAAUUCUACAUCCCGCCGUAUAAUCGUCGCUUCCCCGUAGAGUUCAGUCCAAAGCAAAACGCAACACUUUCUGCCACAAGCAGCUUUCUGUUUGGUGUAGCUUUCCUACUUAGAGAGCUUUUCCUGUCCCUGUGGCAGUGCCCGUGGGUAGAAGGUUUGCCCCUGCCUAAUAAUACGUACAGUCCUCGUCGCUAUUUGCUUUUGAAAACAAGUAUUAAACAUUAAUUUCUGGUAGUCCCGGCGGUGGUUGUUGUUACGCUUUGUGUUUGGUUUUGUUUACACCCUUCACGUGUAUCUGUUAUUAGUUGUUUGCUUAUUUUGUUUGUUUGUUUGGUUUUAGUUGAUUAGCUUGUUGUUUUGUUUUGCGUAGAUUUUUAGACACAUCACAUACACACACAAACAUUUACGCUUUAUUUAUACAUCAUUCUUAUACACGCGUCCUGGUUGUUGGAACGGUUUAUGCUUUUGAAGAAGCAGCAAGGACUGCUUUUAUUUCCUUCCUAAUUCGGGUCCGUUCUAGAGACUGGUUCAGUUCGCGGGCUGUAACACGUGAAGCACAAGUGGAGUGGUGGUGCUAUUAUUAUUUAAAAAGAAAGAUAAAGUAUUUAACAGUAUUUUCUGUGAUUUUCUGUGAAGCGCUAAUUUUUACGCAAAACUGUAAGCACAACAAGAGAUUUAUUUAUCUAAUCCUGCAACAUCUGCACUACUCCCAACUCCUCAAGUGAUACGCACACGAGACAAGAAGUUUACGCACAAGGAGAUUACUUUUAUUGGUUAGGUUCGUCUGUGUGCACUCUUAGACGAUUGGUAGGGUUAUUUGAAAGCGUUAGCUUUUGAGAUCUGUGAAUGUGCAUCAUUAGUGCAGCGGAAGCUUUACUACUCAUGUGGGCAGAUUGAAACGGGCAGAAGUAGUUGGGAAGGCUACACUUAGGCAGAUAGUAGCGCGCAUACUGCUGACUGCUUGCUUGUGUGACUGACUUCUUGCGUCACGUGAUCUUGCUCCUGUGACACACGCUCUGUACGGCAGGACCAGCAGGUGUGCAUCGAAAGCACUGAUAUUGAUAUUGAAUGUCCUGGGAGCACGGUCGGUAUUUAAAAUAGAACGGAAAGCUAAAAAAAACCUUGCAACAAGUCAAACCAUGCACUAGUGCAAGGAGCGCGCGCGUAUGAAGUGUGGUUUGCACAGUACCGUGAUCAUCCAAGUACAUUGAGCGUACGGCAGCGGAAGAACAAGACCAAGAACGCCCCCGAAUACUCGACCUUCGUCCUUCACAUCACCAAACCAUCAUCACCAUCAUCCAUCCUGUCGCGUGUUGUGUCCCACCUGCCGCCAUUCCUUCAUUUUCCUCCCGCCGCCCACCGCUAGUAUGACCCUCACGGUGUCGGAAACGGACAGCAGUAGUCUAAGGAACCCGGACAUGACCGAAACUCUACCAAGCUCUGAACUAUCCCUACUAGCCAAACUGGAGGCCGCCAACAAGCUGAUCGAGAGCGACUCGAAGAGUCUGAACUCGCUCCAGAGCUCGGCCCACAGCCGGAAAAGCUCCGACACGAGCCAGAUCAGCCUUAAUUCGGGCGCCUCCUCGGUCGGGGAGGAGGAUGUGUGGUCGACCUGGGCCAGCAUCGUCACCGACUGGGAGGCGAGCCAGAAGCGCAAGGGUCCGACGGUGAAGGAGCUGGUGCGCAAGGGCAUACCGCACCACUUCCGGGCGAUCGUCUGGCAGCUGCUGUGCGGUGCGUCCGACGCAGACAAGAAGCAGUACGCCGAGUACAUCAAGGCGACCAGUGCGUGCGAGAAGGUGAUCCGGCGCGACAUUGCCCGCACCUACCCGGAGCAUGACUUCUUCAAGGAGAAGGACGGGCUUGGCCAGGAGGCACUGUUCAACGUGAUGAAGGCGUACUCGCUGCACGACCGGGAGGUUGGCUACUGUCAGGGGUCCGGUUUCAUCGUUGGGCUGCUGCUGAUGCAGAUGCCGGAAGAGGAAGCGUUUGCCGUGUUGGUGCAAAUUAUGCAGCAGUAUCGUAUGCGCGACAUGUUCAAACCCUCGAUGGCGGAGCUCGGCCUGUGCAUGUACCAGCUGGAGAACAUUGUGCAGGAGCAGAUACCGGAGCUGCAUCUGCACUUCCAAUCGCAAAGCUUCCAAACGUCGAUGUACGCGUCAAGCUGGUUCCUGACCCUGUACACCACCGCGCUUAAUCUCACGCUCAGCUGCCGCAUCAUGGACGUGUUCCUGUCGGAGGGGAUGGAGUUUAUAUUCAAGGUCGCCAUUGCACUUCUUACCAUCGGCAAGGAUACGCUGCUCUCGUUAGAUAUGGAGGCAAUGCUUAAGUACUUCCAGAAGGAGCUUCCGCAAAAGGUGGAAAAUGAUGCGGACGGACUGUUUAAUCUGGCCUUCCAGGUGAAGAUCAAUACGAAAAGGAUGAAAAAGAUGGAGAAGGAAUAUGCCGACCUGCGCAAGAAGGAGCAGGAAGAGAUGGUGGAGCUAAGGCGACUGCGGAGUGAAAAUCGUUUACUCAAGAAACGCAACGAACUACUCGAGGCUGAAAGUGCGGAACUGGCCGAUCGGCUCGUGCGCGGGCAGGUGUCACGCGCUGAGGAAGAAGAGACGAGCUAUGCGAUUCAGUCCGAGCUGUUGGCACUCAGGCGAGCCCAUCUGGAAGUUUCGCACCAGCUGGAAAAUGCGAAUGAGGAGGUUCGGGCGCUUAGCUUGCGGUUGCAGGAAAAUAAUCCGGACAAUUCGCUCGAAUCCAACAAUUCCCGACAGAACUCGUUCGAUGAGCUGAUUAUGAAGGAGGAAGCGCUGAAGCAACGGGACGAAAUGGUUUCAUGCUUGCUGGAAGAGCUGGUCAAGGUGCGACAGGGGCUGGCCGAGAGUGAAGAUGUGAUCCGUAACCUAAAGACCAAGAUCCAAGAGCUGGAAGAGGACAAAAAGCGUUUGCGCGAAACGACCACGGACAACUCGGUGGCUCACCUGCAGGACGAGCUGAUUGCAAGCAAGCUGCGCGAAGCGGAAGCCAGCCUCUCGCUCAAGGAUCUCAAGCAGCGCGUCCAGGAGCUGAGCACCCAGUGGCAACGGCAGCUUUCCGAGCAGCGCAACGACCCAGCCCAGAGCCAGGAUUCCGGCGCGAAGAAGCUGCUGUUCUGGGAGUCGGGCCGGUCGCAGGAUCUGCAAAAGCUGGAGGAGGAACUCAUGACCACCCGGAUACGGGAGAUGGAAACGCUGACCGAACUGAAAGAGCUGCGGCUGAAGGUGAUGGAGCUGGAGACGCAGGUGCAGGUGUCGACCAACCAGCUGCGGCGACAGGACGAGGAGAGCAAGAAGGUAAAGGAGGAGCUCGAGGAGGCACUGGUCCGGGAGCGGGAGCUCGCCAACAAGGCGCGGGAGCAGCAGCACCGUUACUCCGAUCUUGAAUCUCGCAUGAAGGACGAGCUGAUGAAUGUGAAGAUUAAGUUUACCGAGCAGAGCCAAACGGUGGCGGAGUUGAAGCAGGAAAUUUCAAGACUGGAAACAAAGAACUCGGAAAUGCUUGCUGAGGGUGAGCUGCGCUCUAAUCUGGACGAAUCGGACCGCGUCCGAGAUCUGCAGGAUAAGGUCGCCGAGCUGAAAGCGGAGCUGACUGCCAUCAAAAGCCGUGGAACGACGUUGAACCUGCGGAAGAUCAAAAGUACCUCGAUACAAUCGAUCGAUUCGAACGAGAUUGACUUCGCCGAGAUACAGCUUUCCUCCAAAAUGAACAUUCCCGGACCACAGCCGGCGAGUUCUGGCUCGCCAUCGUGAAAGCGCUUGUGUGGUGUUCCUCGUAAACUCGACCGCUUCGACAUUCGUGUAUGCUUCGUACCACCAUACAACCGUGACUGUGAGCAACGGAUCAGUCCGUUCAAAUAUAGCAGCGUGUGGUGAGCGGCGAGCGAGCUACGAUUGAUUCUGAAUGCAAUAAUGCAUUUACGAGCGUUUGCUUUCCGCCGGAUUUGAAACGAACUGUUAAGCUGUUGCGGAAUUUUCAGCCAAGUUUGAGGCGUCAAACGUUUAUGAUUAAUGUGUUGUAGCUGGUGAACGAGCAUAGGACUGCUAGAAAAGGUCUAAAAGCCAGCAGAAUGUCUACUGAGAGCAAAAGGCUAAUCGAGACACUUAGAGAAGCAUGCGAGUAGAAGAAGGGCACGCAAGAAGGUUCAGGUUAGUUUUGUGCAUGUGGUGAGACACAUUGCCGAUUGUCCUAAUAGUACGAUAAGUUACGAUUAAGACCGCGUGUUCGGGUCAUUUUGCUCGAGGACCCCACCAUAGGUGUGCGCGAAAGGAACUUUCGCUUCGAUUUUUCACUUUUCGUUGGUUAACCCUCUAUGUUUUAAUCCAAAUUUUGGUAGGAACGAUUCCAUUUUCAACCAUACACAUACACAGUCUCUAGUUCUCUAGUUUACAGACAUUGUGAAUGUCAAUGAGAUUUUGUUUCUAUAUUUACAUAUUAAUUUUUAUUUUCCCCUUUUGUUCCACUCCAUUUACUACCGACUGCAGCACAAACUUAACAGUAUUGUGUGUUAUAUUACGUUCUAAACUGUAUCCGUGCAAUUAGUUGUGUAUUUAUUAUUGCUUACUUAAAAACAAUCACUAUUUCUGUUCGUUUGUGUUUGUAUGUGUGUGAGAGAGAGAGAUAGAGUUUUAUGCCUCUUGGUUUCUAAAAUCCGAGAUCACACUUUGCCACAGACGAAAGAAACUGCAAGGAGAGCUACUGCAAAAAAGCUUAUGUAAAAAAUGUUUUACGUUUUAAGUUCUAUAGAGAGUGUGUAUUUCUGUUACAGUUUUUGUACAUGUGUUAAGCUUUACUUACGUUCGGUUCAGUAUGUUUACGUUUACAGCUGUGCAAGUUCGUGCAAACAGCCCGUUGCGUACGUCCGCGUGUGCAGCAAGCAAUGCCUAUUAUCGUUUAUAUUAUUGCGUGUGGUAAGAAAGUGUGUCAUUAUCGACACUUUCCUUAUAUACAUAUAUUCAUAAUUAUGUAUCAGUUAAUGUUGCGCUUUCUUUGUUCUUAUAUUGAAUUAAAACAAAUGGUUUUAUGUUGCUUUCGCACACCGAUCGUAUGCGUUUGCGUGUGUGCGUGUGUGUGGCACUGCAAACUUCCUCCGUGCAAUAAACCCCAAAAACAGACCGUUCCUUUAACAAUGUUGAACCGAAUGUCGCGUCAAAACGUGGCAAGGGCGCGAGUGCAAAACCUGUCACGAUGUGUAGACGCGAAUGUGGUACGGGUUAGUUUGUGUUUUUUCUCUUCUGUUUUCAUCUUUGAGAGUUUUCCAACAGUGGCACACCCGCGACGCAGAAGACACACACACCGCCGGGGGGUGUCACUCUGUUUAGUGAUAGUAGUUUAUAGUUGAAAUAAGUAUGCGAUUGUGUAAAAUGAAGAAUAUUGAAUUGAAAUUACUUAAACAACACAAUUAAGCGGUGGGGCUGGGCGCGAUGUGAUGAACACGGAGAGACAGAACACAGGUAAAAAGGGUGCCAAACAGAGGAAAAUAUUAACAUGGAAGUGCAUAGGGAGAAUGAAGCACGGGAAAUCAAUAACAGGAAGCAAAUCAUCAAUGAACGAACAACAAAACAGUAGCCAAGCUUAAGCCCGGUUAAGUAAAGCAGCAUCUUCAGCGAGGUCGUUGCCUACAAUUCAUUUUGUUGGCCUAGUUCUUGCGAUAUGCGACACAGUACUCUGCUAUCAGGCUUUACGUUGAGACACAGUUUGUUGCAUUUUCUCUCACUACUACUGCGGCCUGGGGAAAGUGAAGUAUAGCCGGCCCGUCACGCGCCCCCAAACCCCGAGAAGAAAACUAACACAUUCGACUUUCUGCGAUAUUUAAUAAUUAGCUCCCCCUAACCUAAGCAUAACGAAAUAAUACUACAUUAGCAAACAAACAAACAAACAAAAAGGUAUCUUAUCUCACAGAGUAGUGUUUGUGAUCCUUUACUUGUCGCUCAUACUCUUCUCUCUUGCAUUGAUAUUCCAACGUUCUUCUAGCGCUCCGUAAUCUAUGUUGUGAGAGACAAAACAAAACAAAAAAAGGAAGGCAAAAACACACAGGUUUAGCAGUAGAUGUGUACUUAAAAGGUUUAACUAAAUUUCGUGGCAUAAAAUAAGCCUCACAUACUAACGUUGUAGAAUUCAAUCGAAAUUUGAUCGUUUCUGUUUGUUCGAGAACGUUUUGGCACUUCCGGUAAGCGGAUUUUCGGGAUCGGAUCUUUGGAGCAAGCAAACCCAGAAAACGAAAGAGUCAGAUGAAUUUUACGAAAAUACGAUCACAAAUGCGCACACCCUGUAAGCGUGAAAGAGGAAGGAAGACGGUGAUUUGCGCAACAGCAGCAAGCACACAGAGGGACACAAUUUGUGGAAUAUCAAUUUUAUACAACUUGAAAACCAACCCUGCACACACAUACACCACUACCACACACAUCCCCUCAUCUCAUACAUGCAUCAUAUGUAGUCAGUGUGCGAUAGGGAAGGAUAAUAGCACAAAAGCGAAGCGGGAAGAAGCAUUUCCAAAUGCGCAAGAAGAGGAAGGACAGGAGAAAGCAGAGAAAGUUGCCAAAAAGUGUGAGACGAGUGAGGAGGGAAGAAAGCAUUAGCGAAGGGACAGCAAACCAAACAUGGCAAAUUGAUCGCAAACUGAUAUAAGAAUGAAUUUACUUCCCGCGAAACCCGUAGCAGCAGUGAAAGAUCACAUAAAUCAUCCUCCUCCUGCUCCUCCUCCUCUACCCCGUACAUAUAUAUACAUAGUUCAUACCUUUCUGCAGUGGUAAUCGAAACACGUGUGUUAAACGAAUAGGACAAUGUAAAAUGAUACAAUACAAUAAAGUGAAGCAUAAAAAGAGA